AGAUAAGUUAUUUGGUAAUGUUUACUAACUUUGUGAUACUAUAAAUCUUAUCAUUGUUAUGCACUUAGCAAUUUCCAAAUGUAUCUGAAACCAGGAGUAGAAGAAUUACGAUUAGCUCCUGCAUAAAAGAAAAUGUAUCUCAGAUUAGACUUAUCGCUAGAUUAAUAGCGUACUCCAAUGGGCUGAAUAAAAAAAAGCAAGUUCAUUUUUUGUAAAAGGCACGCACCCAUUAUCUAAUUUGAGCACCAACGUGAAUACAGAAAACAAUGGAAGUUCUUAAGUUUGUAUUUGUUGAUAACUCAGUUCGGUUUCUUUAAAAGGCUCCUGCUGAAUGUAGAAUGAACCAUAGUAUACCAAACCCGGCAACCGAAAAUCGCUGCUCAGUCCAACAUGAUUCUUAGUCAAAAAGAUGGCAUAACCGUUCGAGUUAUGAAGGAGGACGACUAUCCGAGAGUGAAAACCUUCAUGACGGACUACUUUCACUACGACGAGCCCAUGGGAAUGGGCCUCGAGGAGCCCAUUCACCUGCAGCACGAGGAGGAAGUGGAUAGGCAAUACCUGGCGGUGAUCAGACAGGGACUGUCCAUAGUGGCGCUGGACGAUAACAACGGGGGACUACUGGUUGGCAUUGCCGUGGCGGAGACGAUGGAUCCCAUCGAAAUGGCCAAGCAGCACAAGGAAGCCGAGGAAAUGGAACCAAAUGCCUUGGGUCUCAGCAGGAAAUUAAUAGCCAAAGUGGAGCGCGAAGCCAAUAUAUUCGAACGAUACGGAGUCUCCUCCUACCUGAGUCUACUGGCCAUCUCCGUCCACUCCUCUAUGUGGCAAAGGGGUGUCUUGCUCAUAAUUUCCAGUUGUCUUUUUAAAUUGGGUCGCCUCCGAGGACUCCCUCUGUUCAUCGGCAGCGGCACCAAUUACUACUCCACCCGGUCGGCGAUGAAAGCGGGAUGUGAGUGCAUCCAUGCACUGGCCUAUGCUGACUACACGGACGAACAGGGUCGACCUAUAUAUAAUCCACCAGCGCCACAUACCCACAUUCGGGUCUUGGCCUCAAAACUUUGAUUAAUUAGUACAAAUUCGCAAAUCUAUUAAGUAAUAAACAGGGGUUUUUCCUUAUAACUCAACAACCUUUGGACUUCACAUUUGAUAGAAAAAAGCGAGUUGAAAAAGCGUGUUCAGAUGGAUCUAUAAAGUAAUAAAAUGUCAGCACAGAUUGUGUAUACCACUUUCUAUUGGUAUACCAAGCUGAUAUAAACAAGCUGAUGAUUGCAGACGGCAUAAGUCACUUUAAAGUUUUCAAAUUUAUGUUGCUCGUUUCGAAAGUGCGUAGAAAUAUAAUAUAAUAUCUGUAAUGUAAUGUUUUGU